GUUUUAUAGAAUUAUAAAAAUGAAGAGGGUUAUCUCUAUCUUAUUCUUAGCAGUCAUAAUAGGGGGUUCCCUAGCGAUACAGGAGGGAACGAUUGAUGAUGUGGAUAAGGUCAUUUUUUACGCUCUACCUCAUUCCCACACUGACGCAGGGUGGUAUUGGACGUAUAACUACUACUAUAAUCUUGCCAAGAAUAUCCUGAAUUCCGUCACAGAUUAUUUAUCGACUCAUGAGCACGCAAGAUUUACUUGGAGUGAUCACUCCUUCUUCAGAAAAUGGUUCAAUGAGGAAGUUAAAGGCAAAGGCGAGAAAGAGGGCAAAGUUCGAGAACUUAUUAAAAAUGGCCACCUUGACUUGAUCAAUGGUGGUCUUGUCCAGAAUGACGAAGCCUCUUCCCAUAUGAAAGAGACAUACACUAAUUUUGAAGAGGGUUUAAAGUUCUUAUUCGAAGAAUUUGGGAUUAGGCCUGAUGCUUACUGGCAGCUAGACCCCUUCGGUUUCAGCUCUAUCUCACCUGAGGUUUACAAAUCACUUGGAAUUAAUAAAGUGAUAAUAAAUAGAAUGUCCGAGGCUUACAAAGAUGUGCUCAGAAAGAACCAAGAUCUUGAUUUUAUCUGGCAAGGAGAUGGUGAAGAAGAAAUAUGGACCCAUACACUCCACGGUCAUUAUGGAAUGGAGCUAGAUUUCUACUAUGAUAAGAGAUGGUAUACCGACAAAAAGUGCCCAAAUCCGCUAGAUGAACCCUGUGUUAAGAAACUUGUGGAAGAAUGCAUCCAUCAAGGCUUGAAAGUUCAUAACAGAACUGGAUAUGUCAUGCAGCUAUUGGGCAAUGACUUUUUCUUCUCCGAUGCUUACUAUUCUUUUGAUUAUAUAGAUGGGAUGAAAUCUUCACUUGAAAAAUAUGGGUCUAAAUACCUAAGCGGGAAACCUGUAGAGUUCAGAUAUGUAACCCUCUCUGAAUAUCUCAGAGAUAUGGAGAAACUCAAAUAUGAAAUUGGAAGGUACAGAGGAGAUUUCUUUGUUUACUGCCAAUAUAAUCCCUCUGACUUCUAUGAUCAACACUGGGGAGGAUACUUCUUUUCAAGACCAAUGUUUAAAUGGAUGGUAAGAGAUUCAUUGUCUUCAGAAAGAUUGCUUCACUCAAUGAUCGCAACAAUGAACUUCGUUGCUCUGACUAAGGAAACUAAUCUUAAAAAUGGUGAGCUUAAGAACACUUUCCAUACUUUAAUGAAAGCGAGGGAGUACAACCCAGUCAUGCUGCAUCACGACGCCAUCACUGGAACUCAUGGCCAAGCGGUAAACAUUGACUAUAAAAGGAUUCUUCAAAACAUCCACAACAAUAUGGAUACUGCUACAACUAAGCUUUUACACAAUGUGCAAACAUUGGAAAAUUUAGGAAAGAAGCAGCUGGAAAUAGUGAUGUAUAACCCAUCUUUCUACACAAGAAACGAAAUUAUAAAUAUCACAUUACCAUCAGAACAUUGGUCUUUUAUCGAAGCUUUACACCCUGAUGCUGAAAUUAUGGACAGUUACAAGCUUAACAAAGAAUUCUUCUCCCAAGACAAGACUGAAUUUAUCUUGUGGAUGAAAGUAUCAAUAAAGCCAUUUGCAUAUGAGAAAGUCACCAUUGAAAAGCAUGAUGACCAUGAAAGAUGCCAAAGUGGCGGAAAAUGUAUUGAAAGAGUACAGAUUCAGCAUCUUGGAAUUCCUUCAACAGAUCUUACAGUUUCGAAUACUCUUACUGAGGCAAAACUUGGCCUUAAUUCGUUAGAAAUCAAGCAAAUCACUGAUAGGGAGAGUGGUCAAGUUCUUGAAGUCAAUGAAGCUCUAUAUAAAUAUGAUGGAAAGGAUACAAAAUCUUGUAUUUACCUCUUUAAGCCCACUUCAGCUGCUGUAAAGAUUCAUCUCAGAGAUCAGAAAUUCUUGAAAUAUACAGGCAAGCUCAUUAAAGGAUAUCAAGUGUAUGGUCAUGGAAAUGAUAUUCAUUUUGACAAGACCAUUCUUUUGAAAAAGGAUGAUCCAGCUCUUCAUAUAGUUUCAAGAAAUUUCAUUAAAAACCAGCAUGACAAAGAAAUAGCCAUUAGAUAUAAUGGCUACGAUGCAAACGAAUUCUAUUCAGGAAACUCUAUGUCUUUUGUCAACAGAAAAUUCAUCGAUUUGGAGACAGCAAAAAAUAGAAAUCUCACUAGGCAGGAGUGCAGCUCAGAUGUCGAUAUUUUAGGCCUCAAUACCUACCCAUUGGUUGAUGGGUUUGUUUCCAAGAAAGGAGGAUACAUUGGCUUUACUCCUUCCCACUCUUCAGCAGUCAAUCUAUUAAGCGACUCUAAGUUUGAGUUCCUUAUCGCUCGCUCUGUAAUGAACAUCAACGAGGAUAAAGGACUUCCAGAAAGGCUUGAUGAAAGAAUGAUGACUCAUUUCAAUUACAAAGUAUUCAUCAAAAAUGACCUAGAUAGCAUCCACAGACAGUCCCAUACCUAUGGAGACCAAAUGGUUGACCCUAUUCUGAUUAUUACUAAUCAAAAUAAGGUUUCAGAUAUACCAAAUAUCACCUUCGAGCAGAUUGAUAACAUUGGAAUUGAUGUGAUUUCUCUGAGAAUGUUUGAUGAAUCUGCUCCAAUCCAUAGUCCUGGGAUGAUAAGGAUUAGAAAUAGGUCCCCCAAACCAAUCAGACUUGGUCCAAUCUUAUUCUCAUUUGAAACGAAUCAUAGUGAUAAAGGACACCUUGCUAUUUUGUCAAGCACUAAGUUUGGAUAUUCAAGUGCUGAGACUCUCAAAAAUUUAAACUAUAAGCAAAAAGUAUCUGAAGAUUAUAAUGUGAGAGACGACUACAAUGUUCUGAAAAAUUACAGAGAUGAUUACGUCACCAUUGAAACCCAACUACAAGAAAUACACAAAGGUGACACUCUCGUUGGUCUGGCCCAACACGACAUAGUCCUUCAACCCACUGAAAUAUCCCAUCUUCUAAUCUAUCACGCUGAAUACAACAAGAAUGAGGAUAAGUACAAUACUGUUGACCAACAUCUCCAGAAAAUAGCCUCUGUAGAAGAAAUUAGAGAAAACGCAUAUCAAAAUGGUAAAAAGAGCCAUCAAGGAUAGGCAAUGUUCUUAAUCAAUAUUAUG